CGGCUGCAGAAAUAGAGGCGCAGCGCGGGGGAUUUUAUAGGCGAGGAUAACUGUUGCAACCCUGCGUAACCCCUUAGAAAGCACCCGAGUCAUUUUUCGAUCGGGAGUAGGAAGCGCCCGGUUCUGCCAGGAUUCCGCUUCCCCGGGAGAACCGCCCGAGAGGCACCUGCCGCCUGGGGCCCAUCCGCGCCGUUCUGCCCCCAUGAAUGGAAACAGCUUUGGGGAUCCAGGGAAUCUUUGGCUCCCUUCCGGAGCGGUGUCCGAGCAGCGGCAGAAAAUGAACGCACAUUCUGCUGCCCCCGAGGAAGCUGCGGACAGCUUCCGCGGUGUCCUAGCGGGGAGCCGCAGAGAAUUCUGGGGAGGAACCAGGGUGGAGAUCCUGGAAGAAGAAGGAGCCCUCGCUCAGGACGUCCAGCCCUUCAGGGGCUUCGGGCACCCGGAGGCCGAGGGGCCGCGGGAGCUUUGCAGCCGACUCCAUCGGCUUUGCCAUCGGUGGCUGCAGCCCGAAAGGCACACCAAGGCGCAGAUGCUGGACCUGGUGCUCCUGGAGCAGUUCCUGGCUGUCUUGCCCGCGGAGAUGGAGAGCUGGGUGCGGGAGUGCGGAGCGGAGACCAGCUCCCAGGCGGUGGCCCUGGCCGAGGGCUUCCUGCUGAGCCAGGCGGAGGAGCAGAAGGAGCAGGGGGAGCAGCAGUUUCAGGGAGAGGGACCCUUUGUGGAGGUGACAGCAAGCAGGGAAUUCUCCAGUCGUCCAGAGGAGCUGGUUUUGGGGGGGAACUUCCAGGAGAGUCAAAGUCGCGAGAUCUUACCAGGGAGCAGAACUGUUUCCCUGAUGUUCAGUGAAAUGUCUCCGUUUUGUGGUGGAGCAGAAAGAACAGCUGAACCUCCAGCUCAGGGUCCUGUCUCCUUUGAGGAGGUGGCUGUGUAUUUCACUGAGGAAGAGUGGGAUCUUCUAGAUUCCAACCAGAAAGCUCUCCAUGGGGAAGUCAUGCUGGAGAACGCUAGGAGCGUGGCCUCUCUGGAAAUGCCCAAACCAGAGUUCGUCUCCUGGCUGGAAGGAGAAGAUCCAUUCUUCUGGAAUUCUGAAGAAGCAGGUAAUGGGCAGAACAGUGGGAAGUACAUGGAGCCUCCUCUGAUGUACUUCAGUCAUAAUUUGCUUCCGAGUUCGUACACAGGGGAGAAGCCCUACAAAUGCUUAGAAUGUGGAAAGAGCUUCAGUAUGAGCAGCCACCUGCUGUCCCAUCAGAGGACUCACGCGGGGAAAAAGUCCUAUAAAUGCCUGGAGUGUGGAAAGAGCUUCACGCAGAACUUCAGCCUUACGGUCCAUCAAAGAACCCACACAGGGGAGAAACCCUACGAGUGCGUGGACUGUGGAAAGUGCUUCAGCCGCAGCCAGCAUCUCAUUCAGCACAGGAGCAUCCACACGGGGGAGAAACCCUUUCAGUGCGCCGACUGUGGAAAAUGCUUCAGCCGCAGCCAGCAUCUUGCCCAGCAUCGAAGUAUCCACACAGGAGAGAAACCAUACAAAUGCAUGGAGUGCGGAAGACGCUUCAGCAACAGCGGAAGCCUAAAUACACACCAGAGAACUCACACUGGGGAGAAGCCCUAUAAAUGCCUGGAGUGUGGGAAGAGCUUCAGCAAGAGCAGUAACCUUACGGCCCAUAAACGGAUCCACACCGGGGAGAAGCCCUAUCAAUGCCUGGAGUGUGGGAAGAGCUUCAGCAAGAGAGGUAACCUUUAUAAACAUCAGACGAUCCACACAGGGGAAAAACCCUACACGUGCAUGGAAUGUGGAAAGAGUUUCCGGAUGAGUGGGAACUUUUAUAAGCAUCAGAGAAUCCACACGGGAGAGAAACCUUAUGAAUGCCUGGAGUGUAGAAAACGCUUUGCUCUUAGGCAUCAGUUGACUUCGCAUCAAAGAACUCAUGCUGAUGAGAAACCAUUUCAGUGCUUAGUGUGUGGAAAGGACUUUAAAUACAGCGAGCAACUGACUCAGCAUGAAAGCACCCACACAGUAUCCAGCCAAGAUGGAGACUUGGUUGGAGAAAGUUCAGCUCACUUUGAGACCUCCUAUUUCUCUUUGUAUCCUGACAAUUGUUUAAUCUCCUUUAUUUGGUCUGGAAACCGGUGAUUAUUGUCUAUUUUGGUAUCUGGGGCCGUUUGUGAACAAUCUAACCCAAGAGACGUAAUGGAAGAGCAGAGAGCCGUUGGGGUCUUCUCUGCCAGCAACAUCUGGGGUGGAAACAGGUUAUAAUUGAAAAACAAUUAUAGCUUCAAUCGAUUUUUUUCUAAUAAUUGGCUGAUAAUAUUUGUAUCGUAAAGAAUGCAGUGGAGAAUGGGAUUGGUCAACUGGAAGCCAUCCAUAACAGAACUGCAGAAUGCAGUUACCUUCUGUGAUUUACCUGGGAUCUCAUCCAAGGGCUUCCAAAAGGCUCUCUCUUUAUGACAGAUGUGUUACAUGAAACAUCAGCUCAGACAUGGUAAGAAUUUGAAAGGAUUCAUCUUCCCGUGGAUGUUCAUGGGUGGAGCCAGGGAUGUGACACCCAUCAGUGUCGUCACGCAAAUGAUGCAUGUGACAUCAGCAUGGCUUCUACUACUGCCUGUUCACCUCCCCCUGUUGCAUUUGAUGGGCUUUGAUGCAUUGUAGACUUCCUUACGUUAACUUUCAAAGAACUGAAGCCUGCUCAAGAUAACAGGAAGGCUUAAAUGGGAUCUGUCCAAAAUCUCUUAGGAUGAUGCCAAACAGGUGGCUGGUAAUUGGCAGACUUUUUCAGAUGACAUGCUGUUGGUGAAGGAGAAGAAUCUGCAAUAUUUUGUCCUUGUUCCUGCAACUUUCACGAUCCAACAAUCUCAGAUCUUUCUUCCAGAUGUGGAAGGUUUUAUUGUCUACUUGGGUUGAAACCUCUUUGGGAGAGGUUUAAUCUUGUGAUCUGCUCUUAAUCCAACACCUGUUUAUAAUAAAAUGCCAACACAUUU